AUGGAUUUCAAACCCAGAUUCUUGGCGAUUUUGCUCAUCUUCCUAUGCCCGGCUAAUGUGGAAUCCUUUCAUCUGACGUGUAGCCUCCGAAAUGACAUUUCUUCCUCCAAAACAGACUGGCUUAGUUUGAAUUCUGUGCCACCUCGUCGGGCGUACGAAGGUUUGCCAUCAACACCAGGAUGGAAAGGAGGCCAACUAGACCGGCUUACUGAUUGGGCUGUCAAUGAUGAAGCAAAUCGACCGGUGAUUUGUGAAUAUGAACCAGAGGGAACAUAUCUUUGGUCGAAAUGGAAAGGCACAGUGUUGCAGUUGAUUUAUCCAGCUGUAAUUUUCAACACGUUUGUUGGCAUCUUGGUUGCAUAUUCGGCACGAGAAUUUGCAGAUUCCACAUGGCCACUAUUUGCCAUUCCACCACAAGAUGAUUAUCUUAUUCAGCAACUACAUGGUUUCAACCUCAUUUGGAGCUAUCAGGUGACAUUGACGACAUUCAUAUUGACAUUUUUCACAUCGGAAGCUUACAAACACUGGAAAGAUGUCUACUUUGCGACAAGAAGAAUCCAAGGGCGGAUCAAUGAUAUCUGUAUGCUUGUUACCAUUGGCGCUACAACUCCAAACGAAGAAGACAAGAAUGAACUUGUGAAAAAGUGUACGCGGCUCAUCAAGUUGAGUCAUACAUUCUUUUGGGCGUCGACUCCAACUUCGUCCAAUGGUGUAGUAGAUGGUGGCUGGGAAAAUGAUGAAGAUAUUCACAGCGAUAUUGAAAUCGGACCGAUACUUUUAAGUAAUGAAGGACUUCAGGGAUUGGUGGAUGUUGGCGAAUUGACAACAGAAGAGGUCGACUCACUCUUGUCCUCAGGCUUGCCCCCAUCUCAGUAUACUUAUGUUCUAUUGGAAUGGGUCGGCUUGCUCAUCAUGGACGGACUUGAGCGGAAUGUGCUGCAAAAUGGAAAUAGUGGCUUGGAGGAGAAUAUUUUGAGACAGAUGAGUGCACUGCGAGCCGAGUACUUCUCAAUAGGCGAUUACGCUGCCGGCAGAAUGAGCUUGGCGUACGUCCAACUCGUGCAGGUGCUUGUUGACAGCUUGGUGUUCCUGGCACCUGUCUGCUUGUACAGCGAUGUUGGCUCGCUUUCUGUUCCUCUGGUUGGGUUGCUGACACUCUUUUUUAAGGGUCUGUUGGAACUUUCCAAAUCCUUUUUGGAUCCUUUUGGCAACGAAGGCUUCAAGUCGCAAAAUAUUCGUGUCGAUGUGCUGGUAUCCGAAUUGAACUUUGGAGCACAGAGUCGAUGGACGAGUGCGGCCGAUUCCUAUGCUACUCUGAAAAAGAAGGAGCAACAACGUCUGCGGGGGGAAGAGUUGCCAAUUUCAUCCUAUGUCGAUUCAAAUUCUUAG